AUGGCGGCAUCUCGUGGAACCCCCAACGGCGCAUAUGUGAGGCUGGUGGAUGUCUUGUCCACCACCAAGCUCAACGGCGCACCCCUCGCAAAAGCAGAUCGGGCCAUCCUCAAUGCUCCAACUAAUGCAAAACAUGACGACUUCAUCGAAACUAGCCAUGCCCAGAGGGUUGACCAGCAGUUGCUAGAUCGAUUUACGCAAUUGACUGGUCGCAAACCUCAUCGUUACCUCAGACGGGGCAUUGUCUUUGCGCACCGAGAUCUCCAUCUCAUCCUUGAUCGGUAUGAGAGCGGCCUGCCAAUAUAUCUGUUCACGGGCCGAGGUCCCAGCAGCGACAGCCUGCAUCUUGGACACUCCAUUCCAUUCGAAUUUACCCAAUGGCUUCAAGAGACCCUUGGCGCAAAACUCAUUCUCAUGCUCACUGAUGACAUGAAAAUUCUCCAUGACAAGGACCUUCCCAUCCAAGAUGUGCGCAAGUAUGACAUUGCCAAUGCCACGGAUAUUUUAGCUUUUGGCUUUGACCUCUCCAAGACGUUCAUGUUUUCCAACAUGGAUUAUAUCGGCGGAGCUUUUUAUCAAAACAUCAUUUCCAUUGCGCGCCACAUCACCGUCAGGAGCAUUAAGGAAGCGCUGGGGUUCACCGACGACCACAAUGUUGGCAUGUUCUAUUGCUGCUCUACACAGUCGGCCGGGUGCUUUGCAUCCUCGUUCCCUGGUAUUCUGGUUGCCGACAAGGCAAGCCUGAGAAGUAUCCCGUGCCUAAUCCCGUGCUCGUACGACAUUGACGGGUAUUUCGCCGAGGUACGCAAGCACGCGGGCAAGAUUGGGGAGCUUGCGCCUUCAUUCCUGUAUUCGAGCUUGUUGCCUUCUCUGCAAGGCGCCGACCAGAAAAUGUCGGCCUCGGUGAAAACAUCUGCCAUUUACCUGACGGAUGAUGAUGACGUUGUGCGGGAGAAGAUUAUUGCGGCUUUCCCAAUAGGACAGAAGAGCAUGGACGUGGCGCUCGAAUGGCUCCGUUUCUUCCUAGAGGAUGAUGAAGAGCUGGCCACGAUUCAAACCAAGCACCGGGCCCAUCAAUUGCUUAGCAUUGAACUGCGUGAGAUUCUCACCGACGUCAUUAUCAAGACUGUCAGGAAGUUCAAGACGAACCGCCAAGGAAUUUCAAACGAUGUGCUAAGAGCAUUCAUGACGCCACGUCUGCUUGAAUAA